AUGCAAGGCAAUUUUUCUUCUUUAUCUAAUGGCACAACACGGGCAAACUUCUCUUUUCCAAUUCAAGACUCUCCUUCAGGAAACCUCUCUUCUUUGGACAACGGUGAAAAUAAUUUGGAGAGGAUAUUGAACAAAGCUGCCAUGAAGGACAAAACUGUAAUUAUCACCACCUUAAAUGCAGCCUGGACAGAACCUAAUUCGAUAUUUGAUCUUUUUCUUGAGAGCUUUAGAAUUGGAAAUCAAACACAAGAUCUAUUGAAUCAUGUAGUUUUUGUAGCUUUGGAUGAAAAGGCAUACUCUCGUUGCUUAGGCUUACGCCUACACUGCUAUGCCCUCAGCACCGUCGGCAUCGACUUCUCUGGCGAAGCAUUUUUUAUGAGUGAAGAUUAUUUGAAGAUGAUGUGGAGGAGGAUCGAUUUUCUGCGCGUUGUUCUUGAGACAGGAUACAACUUUAUUUUCUCGGAUGCCGAUGUAAUGUGGCUACGAAAUCCAUUUCAUCGAUUCCAUCCUGACGGGGAUUUCCAAAUAGCAUGCGAUCGUUACUGGUACAACUACAAAGAUUUGGACAAUUCACCAAAUGGAGGAUUCAACUACGUUAAAGCAAACAAGAAAACAAUACAGUUUUACAAAUAUUGGUAUGAAUCGAAAGACAAAUUCCCAGGAAAACAUGAUCAAGAUGUUCUUAACUUCAUCAAACAUGAUCCCUUCAUUGAAAAGAUUGGAUUGCAAAUUAGGUUUUUGGAUACAGCUUAUUUUGGUGGGUUUUGUGAACCCAGCAAAGAUCUUAAUCUGGUGUGCACAAUGCAUGCAAAUUGUUGCAUUGGUUUAGGUAACAAGAUUCAUGAUCUCAAAAUGUUGAUUGAUGAUUGGAAAAAACAUAUGGCAUUGUCUGAUACUGAUAAGAUUUCGGUGAGACCAUCUUGGACAGUUCCACGGAUUUGCGGGUAA